UCGUGCAUCAGUGUGCUUUAUGUCCUCAAGCGACGCCGGUAGGUCCCCCCCGGUUGACAUGGCGCAGGCACUCCAUGUUCGAAACCCUUACCCUGUGCCGGACAUCUCCCGGGAAGGAGCGUGGGUGUCGAGCGGGCCCGUGUUGGGAGAUAAAGUCUCGCCGUCGGACAGGGACUGGAACGCCAAGUUGAGCGCCCACGAGCGUCUCUUCGCUCACCACACCCUCAACAGCAUCCGAAGGGACCAGCGGCUGGUCAGGCCGAAGGUGCCGGACGACGCCCUCGACUUCGCGCUGGACGCCGUCUACGUCCACAGCCGGGACACUCUGGUGCCGAAGAUGUACGUGUCCAUGCAGCCGGAGACGCUCGGCAAGGAAACGUGGCGCGUCCUGCGGAACGAGAUCAAGAUCGCGCCGAAAACGCCGAAACCGGACAGGCCGACGCAGAACGACGAGGACGAGGAGCUUAAACCGGCGGUGCGGGGAGCUUUUCUGGCGGAUAAAACGAGCUGUUACUGCGGGCCAGCUUUGCCGCGGAGAAUCCAUCCGAGCAGCGUGAAAUUAAAUAUCGAGAGUCCUCAUAUGGAACAAUCGAAUCCCGGAUACAGUCGCAAAAUCGACGGAACUUUUUACAGUAUUUAAACACGGAUUUGGCCGGUGUUUGAGCGGCACGCUUGGAGAACGUCCGGAUUAAGCUGAAACCUGCAAUUCGCCGAAUG